AUGGACAAAGAAGAAUACAAUAGUGAUGAAGCUCAGCUGGCCCAGAUGGGCCAUAAGUCUGAAUUGAAGCGAAACUUCUCCUUAAUUUCGAUGCUGGGUCUGGCUUUUGCCAUUCUAAAUUCAUGGACCGCUUUGUCGGCAAGUUUGUCCCUCAGUUUGCCCUCAGGAGGUAGUACAAGUAUUGUCUGGGGUCUUGUUACUGCAGGAAUCUGUAAUUUGUGUAUGGCAACCUCCCUAGCCGAGUUCCUCUCUGCAUACCCCACUGCUGGAGGGCAAUAUCAUUGGGUCGCUGUGACUGCAUGGGGAAAGUGGAUGCCAAUUCUUUCUUGGAUUACGGGCUGGGUCAACUGCUCUGGCUGGGUUGCGCUGGUCGCAACCGGUGGCCUCUUAGGCAGUCAGCUCAUUCUGGGUGUAAUUUCUCUCAUGAACCCGAGCUAUACCGCCGAGCGCUGGCACCAAUUCCUGAUCUAUAUCGGCUACAAUAUUGUUGCCUUCCUCGUCAACGCCUUUAUGAACAACCUUCUGCCUUAUGUUACCAAAGGCGCUUUCAUCUGGUCUUUGACGGGGUUUGCCGUCAUCUGCAUCACCGUACUUUCAUGUGCCGCGCCAGAGUAUAACUCUGCCAAAUUUGUCUUCACCGAUUUCAUUAAUACAACAGGAUGGCCUGAUGGAGUUGCAUGGUUGCUUGGGCUCCUGCAAGGUGGUCUUGGUGUUACUGGCUUCGAUGGCGUCGCCCACAUGAUCGAAGAAAUCCCCAAUCCCUCGAUUGAGGGGCCGAAGAUCAUGAUUGCUUGUGUCGGUAUCGGUACCGUCACUGGAACAAUUUUCCUUGUUGUAUUGCUCUUUGUGGCUGGUGAUAUCAACAAAAUCAUUGAGUCUGCGGCAACUCCGCUCCUUGCAAUCUUGAACCAUGCCACCUCAAGCAAUGCAGGCGCUAUCUGUCUCUUGAUCUUCCCGUUGGUCUGCGUUCUGUUCGCUGCAACCGCUAUUAUGACCACUAGCAGUCGUAUGAUAUAUGCCUUCGCGCGUGAUGGCGGUCUCCCUGCGUCCCCAUUCUUCUCUCGCGUUCACCCCAAACUACAGGUUCCUUUGAAUUCGCUAUAUCUCAAUCUGGCUCUCGUGACUAUCUUCGGUUGCAUCUUCUUGGGAUCAACCAGCGCUUUCAAUGCCAUUAUCUCAGCAUCGGUGGUGCUGCUCGAUGUUUCAUACGGAAUGCCAAUUGUAGUGAACUGCUGCCGAGGAAGGAGAAUGCUACCCGAGCGUUCAUUCAAACUGCCAGAAAUCGUUGGCUGGACCCUCAACAUCGUAUCAUUGGCGUACAUUUCCCUGACUACUAUCCUUUUUCUCUUCCCCCCUGAAUUGCCUGCCACUGGUAGCAACAUGAAUUACUGUGUUGCGGCAUUUGGUAUUGUCUUCGUCAUUUCCACCAUCCAGUGGAUUGUAGAUGGACGCAAGAAUUUCGUCGGUCCCCGCAUCCAAGUGGAAGUCUUCAAUGGAGAGGUCGGUGCUCAGCCAGAGCAGCCGAUCCCAUUCGUUGAACAGCAUAAAGAAUAG